AUGUUCUGCAGGCUGUACGAUCAACAGGCUUUCACCGACGUCACCCUCACCUGUGCCGGUCGUUCCUUCGCCGUUCACAAGAUGAUCCUGAUAACAUGCAGCACCUUCUUCUAUAAUACCUUCCUUCAUAAUCUUAGUAAACACCCCCUCAUCUUAUUGGUUGACAUACCGGCCAAAUAUAUGGAAGAGUUACUCUCCUUUAUGAGUCGGGGGGAGAUUAACAUCCAUCUGAACGAACUCUCCCCCUUCCUCAAAAUAGCAAAGCGUCUCCAGAUCAAGGGGUUGUAUGAUGAAAUACAGAAUACCUCCUCCACGAUCAUGAAUGUUAUAAAACAAAUGCAACUGUCACCCAUAUUGCAGCCCACAUUCGGACCACCCAUGGUGCAGCCCACAUUCGGACCACCCAUAGAGCAGCUCACAUUCGGACUCCCCAUAGAGCAACCCAUAUUCGGACCACCCAUAGAGCAACCCGCAUUCGGCCCACCCUUAGUGCAGCCUACAUUCGGACCACCCAUAGAGCAACCCACAUUCGAGCAACCCAUAUUCGGGCCACCCAUAGAGCAGGCCACACUCGUCAGCAUGCAUCCUGCCAAACCGAUGAAUAACGGUACCCAUACCGUUCUAUACACCGUCAUUCCGGGCGACAACUCCACUCCCUCGCACACAGUCAAUGAGGGCUCAUUGGGCUACUUUGACAACUCAACCCGCUCAAACCGCUAUAUGUAUCGUUACAACAAGAGGUUCGCACGUAAGAAUAACUGUAAUCGCCAUCAGAGAAAUCACAUUACCUCUAACAAGACUCCAUUUUAA